GAAGUUGCUGCUCGGAUGACAGGAUUGUCGGCACGGAUUGGCAGGGAUGGCGGUGGUGGUGGGGGGAGUGGGUUGGUCUCAAAGAGCCAAGCUCUCCCCAACCCUCUCCUGUUGCUGUUGACCUUGAGGUCCCUGUGCCUGCAUCCUCUCUUCCCAACCAGGAGGCCAGAUGCCGCUGAGGAGACCCCGCCAGUUCUGGGGGAGAGGGGUCAGGGCCUUUCUGCAGCUCCCCUGGGCCAGUUGCUCCCUUUCCCCCCAUUCCCUGGCAAGCACCUGUAUUCCUGUAGAGCUCAGGGGCUGGAUGAGUGCUGCAAGAGAAGGCUCUCAGCAGGUCCCUUUCAUUGCAGGAACAACCGUGGGAAGGUGAUCCGGCCCCUGCAGUUCCAGUCCACGGUGGCCCCAGGGACGGUCGCAAGAGUGGAGCCCAACAUCAAAUGGUUUGGGAACACCCGUGUGAUCAAGCAGUCGUCCCUGCAGAGGUUCCAGGAGGAGAUGGAGACGGUGAUGAAGGAUCCCUACAGAGUGGUCAUGAGGCAAAGCAAACUGCCCCUUUCUCUCCUCCACGACCGCAUUAAGCCUCACAAUUCCAAAGUCCACAUUCUUGACACUGAAACGUUUGAAACAACAUUUGGCCCCAAAUCGCAAAGGAAGCGGCCGAACCUCUCUGUGAGUGAUGUGCAGUCGCUGGUGGAAAACGCCAUGGCGGAGGCCAGCAGCUACGACCAAGACAAGGACCGGGAUCUGGUGACCGAAGAUACUGGCGUGCGGGAUGAAGCACAAGAGGAAAUCUACAAGAAGGGGCAGUCCAAGCGGAUCUGGGGAGAGCUUUACAAGGUGAUUGAUUCGUCCGAUGUUGUUGUGCAAGUGCUGGAUGCCAGAGACCCCCUGGGGACCCGCUCCCCCCACGUGGAGGCCUACCUGAAAAAAGAAAAGCCUUGGAAACACCUCAUUUUCGUCCUGAAUAAAUGUGACCUUGUACCUACAUGGGCCACGAAACGCUGGGUGGCCGUUCUCUCCCAAGAGUACCCAACGCUGGCUUUCCACGCCAGCCUCACCAACCCUUUUGGAAAAGGAGCCUUCAUCCAACUCCUGAGGCAAUUUGGAAAGUUGCAUGUCGACAAGAAACAGAUCAGCGUGGGCUUCAUUGGCUACCCUAAUGUAGGGAAGAGCUCGGUGAUCAACACACUCCGCUCCAAGAAGGUCUGCAACGUGGCUCCCAUCGCCGGUGAGACGAAGGUGUGGCAGUACAUCACUUUGAUGCGCCGCAUCUUCCUCAUUGACUGCCCAGGAGUCGUGUACCCCUCUGGAGACACGGAAACGGACAUCGUGCUGAAAGGAGUGGUUCAAGUAGAGAAGAUCAAGACUCCAGAAGACCACAUUGCUGCAGUGCUGGAGAGAGCCAAGUCAGAAUAUAUUAGCAAGACGUACAAAAUAGACUCCUGGCAGGAUGCGGAGGAUUUCCUUGAGAAACUGGCCUUCCAGACUGGGAAGCUGCUCAAGGGAGGAGAGCCGGAUGUGCGCACAGUUAGCAAGAUGGUGCUGAAUGACUGGCAGAGGGGCCGCAUCCCCUUCUUUGUGAAGCCCCCAACUAUGGAGCAAGAGCCUCAGCCUCCAGUAGCGACCCCACCAGGGCCCGCAGCGACCUGUCCGAGCGAGAGAGCUGGAGAGACCUCUGAGCCAGCAGAGAUGCAGACCGAACAGGCCAGCAGCAGCAGCAGCAGCAGCAACCACCCCGAUGGAGCAGCAAAAUGGCCCUUGGCUCAUGUGCGGCAGAACUUUGGGAAGAUCAGCGUGGCCCCUCAAUUCUUACAAGAAGACCUGGUCCCCGUGGAUGUCUUGGAUGCUGAUGAGAGCGAGAGUGAUCUGGAGGAGGAGGAGGAGGCAGCGGCGGCAGGGGAGCAGCAGCAGCACCCUUGCCCCCGGGGAGAAGCAGCCCGCCUGUCCUCCUGCAAAGCAGGCCCCCGGCCAGACUCCAAGGCAGUGCUGCAGUCCCUGGAGGAAAAGAUUGCCAAGUGCAAGAAGUUCUUGGAAAAGGCCCAAGCCAAACGCUUCUCGGCUGUCAGGAUCCCCAAAGGACUCAGUGAAAAAGUCUUUGCAAAAUCACACGUGGACUCUAUGGCUCUUGCAACGGAGGCAGCAGGAGGAAAAGAUCUGAGGAAAGCGGAGAAAAGGAGAAGGGAAGAGGAAGAAGAGCAGGACACAGACGAUGGUCUGGGGAUGAAGCCCCACAAAAAGCAAAGCUCGAAGGAGCGGAGGAGAGCGGAGCGGCAGCAACAGACAAAGAAAGUUGGUGUCCGAUACUAUGAUACUCAUAACGUCAAGAAUAAAAACAAGAACAAGAAGAAACAGGACGUUGGGGAGCAGAGGCCAAAAACAAAGAGAAAUAAACAUAAGCGAAAAUAAAGAAAGAGAAAUAAACAUGGGUCUUUGGCUCUGGCAGCUUUCUUCCUUCCUGCACUGCUCUGAGUAGCUGGAGGAAAUCUUUAAAUUCCACAUGUCACAGAGGAAAAAAAUAAACAGGUGCUGCAA